GGGCAGUCCCAUGGAUCCAAUGGUGAUGAAGAGGCCGCAGUUGUAUGGGAUGGGCACUCACCCCCAUUCCCAGCCGCAGCAGAGCAGUCCAUACCCAGGAGGCUCCUAUGGUCCCCCGGGCGCACAGCGGUAUCCCCUCAGCAUGCAGGGCCGGGCUCCAGGGGCCCUGGGAGGCAUGCAGUACCCACAGCAGCAGAUGCCGCCGCAGUACGGACAGCAAGGUGUGAGUGGCUACUGCCAGCAAGGCCAGCAGCCAUACUACAACCAGCAGCCGCAGCCCCCGCACCUCCCGCCCCAGGCGCAGUACCUGCAGCCCCAGUCCCAGCAGAGGUACCAGCCGCAGCAGGUGAGCAUGGCUGCCACCCCCAGGUCUUCUUCUCUCCUCCAGGACAUGUCUCAGGAAGGCUAUGGAACUAGAUCUCAGCCUCCUCUGGCCCCUGGAAAAUCCAACCACGAAGACUUGAAUUUAAUCCAACAGGAAAGACCAUCGAGUUUACCAGUUGAAGUCUUGGCCUCGGACGAUGCAGCCUUUGGACUCAAGGACCUGUCUGGCUCCAUCGACGACCUCCCCACAGGAACGGAAGCAACUCUGAGCUCCGCAGUCAGUGCGUCCGGUUCUACAAGCAGCCAGGGGGAUCAGAGCAACCCGGCUCAGUCUCCCUUCUCCCCACACGCAUCACCCCAUCUCUCCAGCAUCCCCGGGGGGCCGUCACCUUCUCCUGUUGGCUCUCCUGUGGGAAGCAACCAAUCUCGGUCUGGUCCGAUUUCCCCUGCGAGUAUUCCAGGCAGCCAGAUGCCUCCUCAACCACCUGGGAGCCAGUCAGAAUCCAGUUCCCAUCCUGCCUUGAGCCAGUCACCAAUGCCGCAGGAAAGAGGUUUUAUGGCAGGUACACAGAGAAACCCUCAGAUGUCUCAGUACGGACCUCAGCAGGCAGGACCAUCCAUGUCUCCUCACCCUUCUCCUGGGGGCCAGAUGCAUCCUGGAAUCAGUAACUUUCAGCAGAGUAACUCAAGUGGCACUUACGGUCCACAAAUGAGCCAGUAUGGACCCCAAGGCAACUACUCCAGAACGCCAACGUAUAGUGGUGUACCCAGUGCAAGCUACAGCGGCCCAGGGCCCGGUAUGGGCAUCAAUGCCAACAACCAGAUGCAUGGACAAGGGCCAGCCCAGCCAUGUGGUGCGGUGCCCCUGGGACGGAUGCCUUCCGCUGGGAUGCAGAGCAGACCGUUCCCUGGAAACAUGAGCAGCGUCACCCCCAGCUCUCCUGGCAUGUCUCAGCAGGGAGGGCCAGGAAUGGGCCCGCCCAUGCCCACUGUGAACAGGAAGGCCCAGGAAGCUGCUGCAGCUGUGAUGCAGGCCGCUGCCAACUCAGCACAGAGCAGGCAAGGCAGUUUUCCCGGCAUGAACCAGGGUGGACUCAUGGCCUCCAGCUCUCCCUACAGCCAGCCCAUGAACAACAGCUCCGGCCUGAUGAACACACAGGCACAGCCCUACAGCAUGGCUCCUACCAUGGUGAACAGCUCCACAGCAUCUAUGGGUCUUGCAGAUAUGAUGUCUCCUGGCGAAUCCAAACUGUCCGUGCCUCUUAAAGCAGACGGGAAAGAAGAAAGUGUGCCCCAGCCCGAGAGCAAGUCGAAGGAUAGCUACAGCUCUCAGGGUAUUUCUCAGCCUCCGACCCCAGGCAACCUGCCGGUCCCCUCCCCAAUGUCCCCCAGCUCUGCCAGCAUCUCCUCCUUUCACGGAGAUGAGAGUGAUAGCAUUAGCAGCCCAGGCUGGCCCAAGACGCCAUCGAGCCCUAAGUCCAGCUCAUCUUCCACCACUGGGGAGAAGAUCACAAAAGUGUAUGAGCUGGGAAACGAGCCGGAGCGGAAGCUGUGGGUCGACCGCUACCUGACAUUCAUGGAGGAGAGGGGCUCCCCGGUGUCCAGCCUCCCCGCUGUGGGCAAGAAGCCCCUGGACCUGUUCCGACUCUAUGUCUGCGUCAAGGAGAUCGGAGGUUUGGCCCAGGUUAAUAAAAACAAGAAGUGGCGUGAGCUGGCAACCAACCUAAAUGUUGGCACUUCAAGCAGCGCAGCCAGCUCCCUGAAGAAGCAGUAUAUUCAAUACCUGUUCGCCUUCGAGUGCAAGAUUGAGCGCGGGGAGGAACCUCCGCCUGAAGUCUUCAGCACCGGGGAUGCAAAGAAACAGCCCAAGCUGCAGCCGCCAUCUCCUGCUAACUCAGGAUCCUUACAAGGCCCACAGACUCCACAGUCAACCGGCAGCAACUCGAUGACAGAAGUUCCCGGGGACCUGAAGCCACCGACCCCAGCAUCUACCCCUCAUGGACAGAUGACCCCCAUGCAAAGUGGAAGAAGCAGUACAAUCAGUGUGCACGACCCAUUCUCAGAUGUGGGUGAUUCAUCCUACCCCAAACGGAACUCUAUGACUCCAAAUGCACCGUACCAGCAGGGCAUGAGCAUGCCAGACAUGAUGGGCCGGAUGCCCUAUGAGCCCAACAAGGACCCCUUCAGUGGGAUGAGAAAAGUGCCUGGAAGCAGCGAGCCCUUUAUGGCACAAGGACAGGUGCCCAACAGCGGCAUGCAGGACAUGUACAACCAGAGUCCCUCGGGCGCCAUGUCCAAUCUGGGCAUGGGGCAGCGGCAGCAGUUUCCCUAUGGAGCCAGUUAUGACCGAAGGCAUGAGGCUUACGGGCAGCAGUAUCCAGGCCAAGGUCCUCCCACAGGACAGCCACCGUAUGGAGGACACCAGCCUGGCCUGUACCCACAGCAGCCGAAUUACAAACGCCAUAUGGAUGGCAUGUACGGGCCUCCGGCCAAGCGCCACGAAGGGGACAUGUACAACAUGCAGUAUGGCGGCCAGCAGCAGGAAGUGUACAACCAGUAUGGAAGCUCUUACUCUGGCCCGGACAGGAGGCCCAUCCAGGGCCAGUAUCCCUACCCCUACAACAGAGAGAGGAUGCAGGGCCCAGGCCAGAUGCAGCCCCAUGGAAUCCCACCUCAGAUGAUGGGUGGUCCCAUGCAGUCAUCCUCCAGCGAGGGGCCUCAGCAGAAUAUGUGGGCGACACGCAACGAUAUGCCUUAUCCCUACCAGAACAGGCAAGGCCCAGGCGGCCCUGCACAGGCGCCGCCUUACCCAGGCAUGAACCGUACAGAUGAUAUGAUGGUACCAGAUCAGAGGAUCAACCAUGAGAGCCAGUGGCCUUCUCACGUCAGCCAGCGCCAGCCUUACAUGUCGUCUUCGGCCUCCAUGCAGCCCAUCACGCGCCCACCUCAGUCAUCCUACCAGACGCCACCGUCACUGCCAAACCACAUCUCCAGGGCGCCUAGCCCUGCCUCCUUCCAGCGCUCCCUGGAGAGUCGCAUGUCUCCAAGCAAGUCUCCCUUCCUGCCCGCCAUGAAGAUGCAGAAGGUCAUGCCCACAGUCCCCACAUCCCAGGUCACCGGGCCACCCCCUCAGCCACCGCCAAUCAGAAGGGAGAUUACCUUCCCUCCUGGUUCUGUGGAAGCAUCCCAGCCCAUCCUCAAACAAAGGCGAAAGAUCACCUCAAAAGACAUUGUUACUCCCGAGGCGUGGCGUGUGAUGAUGUCCCUUAAGUCGGGUCUGCUGGCCGAGAGCACGUGGGCCUUGGACACCAUCAACAUCCUCCUCUAUGACGACAGCACCGUCGCCACCUUCAACCUCUCCCAGCUGUCUGGAUUCCUGGAACUUUUAGUAGAGUACUUUCGAAAAUGCCUGAUUGACAUUUUCGGAAUUCUUAUGGAAUAUGAAGUGGGUGACCCCAGCCAAAAAGCACUUGGUCACCAUGUGGGGAAGAAAGGUGACAGCCGGUCCUCGGGAGACGAUUCUGGGAAGGAAGAGGAAGAUGCUGAGUGUCUUGAUGAAGAGGAGGAGGAUGAGGAGGAGGAGGAGGAAGACGUCGAAAAGAUGGAGUCAGAGGGCAAGAGCUCCGCUGCCCCUGCUGCUCCAGAUGCAACCCCGGACCCCAAGGAGACACCAAAGCAGGCCAGUAAGUUUGACAAGCUGCCCAUAAAGAUUGUCAAAAAGAGCAACCUGUUUGUGGUGGACCGGUCUGACAAGCUGGGCCGCGUGCAAGAGUUCAACAGCGGGCUCCUGCACUGGCAGCUGGGGGGUGGCGACACCACAGAGCACAUCCAGACGCACUUCGAGAGCAAGAUGGAGAUCCCUCCUCGCAGGCGCCCGCCUCCACCUCUGAGCUCCACAGGAAGGAAGAAAGAGCCGGAAGGCAAAGGUGAUUCUGAGGAGCAGCCAGAGAAAAGCAUCAUAGCCACCAUCGAUGACGUCUUGUCUGCCCGGCCAGGGGCCCUGCCUGAAGACGCCAACCCAGGACCCCAAACCGACAGUAGCAAGUUUCCCUUUGGAAUCCAGCAGGCCAAAAGCCACCGGAACAUCAGGCUCCUGGAGGAUGAGCCCAGGAGCCGAGACGAGACACCGCUGUGCACCAUCGCACACUGGCAGGACUCACUGGCCAAGCGCUGCAUCUGUGUGUCCAACAUCGUGCGGAGCUUGUCUUUCGUGCCUGGCAACGACGCAGAGAUGUCCAAACACCCAGGCCUGGUGCUGAUCCUGGGAAAGCUGAUCCUGCUGCAUCACGAGCAUCCAGAGAGAAAACGGGCGCCGCAAACCUAUGAGAAGGAGGAGGAGGAGGACAAGGGGGUGGCGUGCAGCAAAGAUGAGUGGUGGUGGGACUGCCUUGAGGUCUUGCGGGAUAACACAUUGGUCACGUUGGCCAACAUUUCCGGGCAGCUAGACUUGUCUGCAUACACGGAGAGCAUCUGCUUGCCGAUCCUGGACGGCUUGCUGCACUGGAUGGUGUGCCCGUCUGCAGAGGCACAGGACCCCUUUCCCACCGUGGGGCCCAACUCAGUCCUGUCACCACAGAGACUUGUGCUGGAGACCCUCUGUAAACUCAGUAUCCAGGACAACAACGUGGACCUGAUCUUGGCCACACCUCCAUUUAGUCGUCAGGAGAAAUUUUAUGCUACAUUAGUUAGGUACGUGGGGGAUCGCAAAAACCCAGUCUGUCGAGAAAUGUCCAUGGCGCUUUUAUCGAACCUUGCCCAGGGGGACGCACUGGCAGCAAGGGCAAUAGCUGUCCAGAAGGGAAGCAUUGGAAACUUGAUAAGCUUCCUGGAGGACGGGGUCACGAUGGCGCAGUACCAGCAGAGCCAGCAUAACCUCAUGCACAUGCAGCCGCCACCUCUGGAGCCUCCUAGUGUAGACAUGAUGUGCAGGGCGGCCAAGGCUUUGCUGGCCAUGGCCAGAGUGGACGAAAACCGCUCAGAAUUCCUUUUGCACGAGGGUCGGUUGCUGGAUAUCUCGAUAUCGGCUGUCCUGAACUCUCUGGUGGCGUCUGUCAUCUGUGACGUACUGUUUCAGAUUGGGCAGUCAUGACAUACGUGAGGAGACACGCAUGUGUGAGUGAAGAUAGAGGGUCACGUAGAAAUGGCUGUUUUCUGCUCUCGUUCAUCCAGCGUAGGAAGAAGGAAAAGUCUCUGCUCCUCUGCCCCAUUCACUAUUUACAAAUUGGGAAUUAAAUCAUUAAUUUGAACAGUUAUAAAAAUUAAUAUUUGCUGUCUGUGUGUAUAAGUACAUCCUUUGGGGAUUUUCUAUUUCUUUUUUUUUUUUUUUUAACCAAAGUUGCUGUCUAGUGCAUUCAAAGGUCACUUCUUUUUUCAUGAAUUUCCUUUUUAAUGUUUUUUUUUUUCAUGUUGUAUUGCAGUUUUGGGGAAGUGAAUUGACUUUAAAAAAAGUUUUGACAAAAGAUGCUAAGAUAGGAAAAUUUCACCACACUGAGGCAAAAAGGUGAAAGGAAAAUAGAUCCUUGAAUUGAUUUCCUGUGAAUUUUAUUCUUCACAGAAUGAAAAAAAUAAAAUAACAAAAACAAAAACAAAACUGCAUCCCGUCACCCAAAGCUCUGUGCAAUAGAAGCUUCUAGAAAUAUAGGUAUAGGGGCUGGAGGAGGUGUGGCAGUCAGUCAGAACGAUGAGUGAUGCUGGUUUCUCCACAAGGAUGUGGUUGUUUUAGGCUACGAGCAAAAAACAGCGCUUUCGGUUGGGGGUGAAAACGCACUCCUAACAGCCAUCCACAGAACCGCUGCCUCAACACGACCGCCAUGUCUGCUGUGGUUCAGCCUCCACGUGACAGUUCUUCACAAUUCCUUCCAUCAUUUUUUAAAUAUUUUUUUUACUGCCUUUGGGCUGUGAUGUAUAUAGAAGUUGUACAUUAAACAUACCCUCAUUUUUUUCUUUUCUUUUUUUUUUUUAGUACAAAGUUUUUAGUUCCUUUUUCAUGAUGUGGUAACUACGAAGUGAUGGUAGAUUUAAAUAAUUUUUUAUUUUUAUUUUAUAUAUUUUUUCAUUAGGACCAUAUCUCCAAAAAAAAAGAAACAAAAAAUAUAAAAAACAAAAAUUAAAAAAAAAAAGAGGGUAAUGUACAAGUUUCUGUAUGUAUAAAGUCAUGCUCUGUUGGGAGAGCGGCUGGUCCCAAUUUGCUUCAUGAAUCAAGGUGUGGAAAUGGUUGCAUAUGGAUUGAUUUAGGAAAUGGAUACCAGUACAGACAAAAAACAAAAAAAAAAAAGGAAGAAAAGAAAAAAGAAAACACAACUAAAAGGAAGAAACACAGCUUCAAAGAUUUUUCUGUGACAAGAAUCCACAUUUGUAUUUCAAGAUAAUGUAGUUUAAGAAAAGAAAAAAAAUGAAAAAAACUUGAUGUAAAUUCCUCCUUUUCCUCUGGCUUAAUGAAUAUCAUUUAUUCAGUAUAAAAUCUUUCUAUGUCCCACAUGUUAAGAAUAAAUGUACAUUAAAUCUUGUUAA